AUGAGGCUCUCGUACUCUUGGACAAUUGCUUAUCUGGCAGCCCAGGCUGCUGGUGCUGCCAUUAGCCAUUCCUUGAAUGGGUUUAGUAUCACCGAGCAUCCCGAUCCAGUCAAGCGGGAUUUACUCCAGAAAUAUGUCACUUGGGAUGACAAGUCUCUCUUUGUCAAUGGAGAGAGAAUCAUGAUCUUCAGUGGUGAAAUUCACCCAUUUCGUCUGCCUGUGCCAUCUUUAUGGAUUGAUGUGCUCCAAAAGGUCAAGGCUCUAGGGUUCAACUGUGUUUCUUUCUAUAUCGACUGGGCUCUGCUGGAAGGUAAUCCAGGUCACUAUACUGCCGAGGGAGUAUUUGCUCUAGAGCCAUUCUUUGCCGCCGCCAAAGAGGCUGGCAUCUAUCUUCUGGCCCGCCCUGGUCCCUACAUCAACGCUGAAGUAUCUGGUGGUGGUUUCCCGGGAUGGCUUCAGCGCGUGAAUGGAACUCUGCGAAGUAGCGCCGAGGCCUACCUGAAGGCAACGGACAACUACAUGGCCAAUGUCGCCGCAACGAUAGCCAAGGGUCAAAUCACCAAUGGGGGACCUAUCAUUCUUUUCCAACCCGAGAACGAGUACAGUGGCGCAUGCUGUGGAUACGAGGAUUCCUUCCCAGACGGAAAUUAUAUGCAAUACGUGCAGGACCAAGCUCGCAAUGCUGGAGUUGUUGUGCCUAUCAUUAGCAACGAUGCCUGGGGUGCCGGCCAUAAUGCUCCUGGAACCGGCGAAGGAGAAGUGGACAUCUAUGGUCAUGACAACUACCCUCUUGGCUUUGACUGCGUAAACCCUUCUGUUUGGCCAGCUGAUCUGUCCACUGAUUUCUAUAAGACACACAUGGAGCAGAGUCCUUCUACCCCAUACGCUCUGGUUGAGUUCCAAAGUGGUGCUUUCGAUCCCUGGGGAGGUGCUGGGUUCGCCGGGUGUGCUGCCUUCCUGAACCAUGAGUUCGAAAGAGUGAUCUAUAAGAACAAUUUCAGCUUCAAAGUUGCAAUCAUGAACCUGUACAUGAUCUUUGGUGGUACCAAUUGGGGUAAUCUAGGCCACACUGGUGGCUACACAUCCUAUGAUUAUGGUUCCCCAAUUACUGAAUCUCGCAACAUCACCCGUGAGAAGUACAGCGAGCUGAAGCUGAUUGGAAACUUUGUCAAAGUGUCACCGGACUACCUUCUACUAACACCGGGAGAGUUGACCACUUCCAAGUACACCACCUCGCCUGAUCUGGCCGUGACCCCCCUGGCCGGAGGCGACAACACAGCUACUUCCUUCUUUAUUGUCCGACACUCCAACUAUGCGAGCCAAGCGUCCGUCGACUAUAAGCUCAAGAUUCCUACUAGUGCGGGUCAAGUGACUAUUCCCCAGCUUGGCGGCAGCCUUACUCUCAGCGGUCGUGACUCCAAGGUUCAUGUCGUUGACUAUGAUGUAGCAGGCACCAACAUUCUCUACUCUUCGGCUGAGGUGUUUACCUGGACAAAGUCUGAUAAAUCCAAGAUCCUUGUUCUGUAUGGUGGCCCUGGGGAGCACCAUGAGUUGGCUGUCUCUUCUAAGUCGAAGGCCUCGGUUGUUGAAGGGUCAUCGUCGAGCAUCACCACUAAGCAGGUGGGUAAGGCUGUUGUUAUCGGCUGGGAUGUCUCCACCACUCGCCGUAUCGUGCAAGUGGGUGAUUUGAAGAUUCUUCUUCUGGAUCGGAACUCUGCAUACAACUACUGGGUCCCUCAGCUCCCAACUCAGGGCAAAAACCCUGGCUAUAGCACCCAAAAGGCCGCUGCAUCUUCUCUCAUCGUCAAGGCUGGCUACCUCGUGCGGACUGCUUAUGUGAAGGGCAAUGACCUUCAUCUCACUGCUGAUUUCAACGCCACCACCCCAAUUGAGGUGAUUGGCGCCCCGUCCAAGGCCAAGAACCUGGUCAUCAACGGCGAGAAGGCGCAUAUCAAGGUCGACAAGAAUGGAAUCUGGUCCAGCAGUGUCGCUUACACAGCACCGAAGAUCAAGCUUCCGGAUCUGAAGAGUCUGAAGUGGAAGUCUAUUGAUUCCCUCCCCGAGCUCCAAGCUUCGUACGAUGAUUCCAAAUGGGUUUCGGCAAAACCCUUCACCAAAAACAGCGUCACUAAACUCAGGACUCCAACUUCACUAUUCUCCUCUGACUACGGCUUCCACGCUGGAACAUUCCUCUUCCGGGGUCACUUCGUCGCAACCGGCAAGGAGAAGACUUUCUUCGUGCAGACCCAAGGUGGCAGCGCAUUUGGCAGCUCUGUAUGGCUGAACGAGAACCACAUAGGCUCAUGGAGCGGGAUUGACGCUGACGCCAACCACAACGGAACCUACACGCUACCAACCCUGAAGAAGGGCAAGUCGUACGUGCUCACCGUAGUCGUGGACAACAUGGGUCUAAACGGAAACUGGGUCGUCGGCGAAGACACAUUGAAAGUCCCCCGCGGAAUCCUGAACUACGAACUGUCUGGCCGCUCCGCGAGUGACAUCACCUGGAAGCUGACUGGCAACCUGGGCGGCGAGGAUUACGAGGACCAAGUGCGCGGUCCGCUCAAUGAGGGUGGCCUCUACGCCGAGCGUCAGGGCUUUCACCAGCCCAAGCCGCCGACCCAGAGUUGGAAAUCCAGCAGUCCCUUCGAUGGCAUUUCGAAGCCUGGAAUCAACUUCUACAGCGCAAGCUUCGAUCUGGAUGUGGAGAAGGGAUGGGAUGUUCCUAUGUACUUUAACUUCGGAAACUCCACCUCGUCGCCGGCUUACCGUGCCCAGCUCUAUGUUAACGGGUACCAGUACGGCAAGUAUGUGAGCAACAUUGGUCCCCAGACCAGUUUCCCCGUUCCCGAGGGUAUUCUUAACUACCGGGGUACCAACCACUUGGCUUUGAGUCUGUGGGCGCUUGAGUCGAAGGGUGUCAAGUUGGAGAGUUUCGAUUUGAUUCAUACUACUCCUGUGCUGACGGCGCUGGAUGAGGUUAAGCCGGCGGGACAGCCUAAGUAUAAGAAGCGCAAGGGGGCUUAUUAG